UAAGGGAGUGAAGUCAGACAGCCGCGAGACCAUGUGCGAGCGACCCUCGCGCGCUCUGUUUCUGAAGGACCUCCUUCUUGCGCCGCAGGUUUGGUUGAUAAACCUCAGCUCCUCAAACCACCAGUUACUCCUGACCAGGGGAGAACAGCACAUCUGAGAGCGUCGUGUCGAGCUACAGUCACGGAGACGGGAUCCGCGCCUGUCACACACGGUUUCCCAGAUCAACACUUCUGUGCUCUUCAAGAAAACAAGAUGAGACAACUUGGGAACUAAAAGAAAAUUGGUCUUAGGAAGGAGCAGCCUUACACUGGACGGUUCCACUUCAUUUCCCCUACUCCCUGGAGAAUAAGCCAGACAGAGCAGUCAUCAUUCAUUUCAAGAGACACUACAGCAACUGAUGGCAAUGGAGCGGUCUCAUCUGAACAACAGCUCUGGGUCUUGGUUAUUAGAGGAUCCCAUCUGUCCAACCUCUCUCAGCAGCACCACUUUCCUCAUCGUAGCAUACAGCACCAUGUUAGCAGUGGGCCUGGUGGGCAACACUUGCCUGGUUUUAGUCAUCACACGACAGAAAGAGAUGCGCAACGUGACCAACGUCUUCAUCGUCAACCUCUCAUGCUCUGAUAUCCUUGUUUGUUUGGUGUGUUUACCGGUCACCAUUAUCUACACGCUUAUGGAUCGAUGGAUUUUGGGCGAGGCUUUGUGUAAAGUGACGCCGUUCGUCCAGUGUUUGUCUGUAACGGUUUCGAUUUUCUCCAUGGUUCUCAUCGCCUUGGAAAGACAUCAGCUCAUCAUCCAUCCCACUGGUUGGAAACCAGUCGUCAGACACUCCUACCUGGCUGUCGCGGUUAUCUGGAUCGUCGCAUGUUUUAUCUCCCUUCCGUUCCUUUCGUUCAACAUCCUCACAAACUCGCCCUUCCACAACCUCAGCCUUCCCUUCAACCCCUUCAGUGAUCACUUCAUAUGCAUUGAACAAUGGCCAUCUGAGGGGAAUCGGCUCACUUAUACCACAACGCUGCUGCUGUGCCAGUACUGCUUACCAUUGGCGCUCAUUCUCGUCUGUUAUUUCCGCAUAUUCCUGCGUCUCAGCCACCGUAAAGACAUGGUCGAAAGAGCCAGAGGUGGACGGCAGAAGAAGACCAAAGGCUCAAAGCGGGUCAAUGCCAUGCUAGCCUCGAUUGUUGCAGCGUUCGCCCUCUGUUGGCUGCCACUGAAUGUUUUCAACACGAUCUUUGACUGGAACCAUGAAGCGAUUCCCGUCUGCCAGCACGAUGCCAUUUUCUCAGCUUGUCACCUCUCCGCCAUGGCGUCGACUUGUGUGAACCCAGUCAUCUAUGGUUUCCUGAACAGUAACUUCCAGAAGGAGCUGAAAUCGCUGCUCUCCAGGUGCCGCUGCUGGGGGCCACCCGCGAUUUACGAGAGUUUCCCUUUGUCCACUGUCAGUACGGGCAUUACUAAGGGGUCUAUCCUAAGCAAUGGCUCUUCUAGCACCUAUCAACCACAAAAGAACAACAGUUCGGACCAGAAAGAUACCAUUUAAUUGGUGUCAAAUGUAAGAUAAGGCAAUAUUCCUACCUACAUGUCGCACUUCUUCAAGCAUUCAGAGGUGGCUUGUGAACACUGCCAGCUGAUCUGAAUUUGAGGUUAAGAAUCCCAAUUUGGACAGUGAAAAUCUGUGACGUUGUUGCUAAAAGAUGUCCACUUGUCUUCUUUAAACACAGAAAUGGGCCAUAACAUAUUAAGGAAAGGCUUAUUGUGGCCAGGCUCUGCAGAGGAGAAGCAAUGAGAGUGAUCAUCGCAAAUUGCAUUGAUGUUUCAAAACCACUGCUAAAAUGACUAUGACCAAUGAAACAUGCUGGAUUUGGGGCUAUUAUAUGGUUAGUUCUCAAUGGCACAGAAAGCCAUUUUUACCAGUUAGAACAAGGUUCUCUCUGAGAGAUGUUAUGAUGAAAUACUGAGUGGAGGAGGCUUUUUCUUUUCAUUGUCUUUGUCCAAGGUUUUCUUGUGGAAGGUAACAGAAAAAGAAUUGUACUAUUUUGGUUCUUUUCACUGUUAAAGUGAUAGCUCGCCUAAAAAUAAAUAUUCUGUCAUCAGUACUCAUGUUGUUCCAAACCUGUGACUUCUAUAGAACACAAAAGCACCAUAAAUGUAUGAUAAAACCAGUGCAUAUGUCUUGUGUGCUUUAUUCCGAGUCUUCUGAAAUCACACAACAGCCUUGGAAUUUAUGUCAUUUUGGACUGAAAAUCUUUGUGAAAGGAUCAAUCAUAAUGCCAUUUUGAACCUGAUCAACUUCAUUGUAAACAUCUGACUCAAAAUAAUGAUUCAAUCUCUAAUGAACAUAACAAGGUAGAUGAUUUCCGUCUGUUUCUCAUCUAAGGCUAUCGCAUGGCUUCAGAAAAACAUGAAAUAUAGCACAUGAUUCAUAUGGACCACCACUACAGUGUUUUGUUGUCUUUUUAAAGCUUGAAAGCUUCAGUCGCUGUUUGACGUAACUGCAUGAAAAAGACCAGCCUUUUGUGUUUCACCAAGAAAAUAAAGUCAUACGAAUUUGGAACAACGUGAAGGUGAGUAAAUAAUUUUUAACGGUUUCUUUAAAAAAAGGUGUGGAACUAGCAAUAUGUGUAUAACGUGUAUAUUUCAAAACAGAUGUAAUACUUAUAUAUAAUAGUUAUUAUGCAGCAACAUUAUACAAGCACAUUGUGUCAUUGAUUAGGAGUAGAAUGUCUGCUAUUUCAAACUGGUAUGUACAAUCAUUUACACAUUAUUUUUUUGUGCUGUGUGACAGGUUUAAUUUGUUUAAUUUGAUCUUAAUUUGAAUCAGUAUAAACACACUGUGUGGAAUGGCUUUAUUUGCCGAAGCUAUCCAAGUGAAUUAAAGAAUCAGUUCCUCAUUCGUACUUUCACUGGACUUUGGAUCUAAUCUAAACAAUGUGCAUGUUGCAAGCAGCAUUUGUAAUAUAUAUAAAUACAUUAAGUCAUUACAUAUUACAUAGCAAAUGCUUUUAUCCAAAGCGACUUACAAAUGCGGAUACCAAAAGAACAACAAUAUGUACUGUAAGUGCAGAUGUCAAGUCUCUGUUAGCCUAACACAGUACACGUAGCAAGGUAUUAUACGUAGCAAGGUACACACACACACACA